AUGGGCAGUUUCGUGGGCAAGCUUAGCCCACGGCCUCGGCCCCCUGCACUGGGGGCCGAGGUGCCGCCAGGGGGGCCCCUGUGUCCACAGCCGGCAGCCGGCUCCUGCCACAGCCCCCCAGCUACACCUGCCUCUGCCUGUGGAGGGACUCACAGGCCAGCCUACAGGUCUCCAGGGACUUUACAACAGCGCUUUGUAAGGUCCUCUUGGAGACGAAACCCCGGGAUCCUGCAGACGCUGUGGUCCUACCUGGGGGCCCUCACCUCCGUGCGCUGCCCUCGCCCUCAGAGGAGGCAGGGGCUGUCUGCACACCACUCCAAGGUGCCCGGAAGGGCAGUGAGCGUAGGGAGAAAACUGAUCCUCUCUGUGGUGCAAGAGCAGGCAGUAGCCUCUGUGCUGCCCACAGCACCCCAGGGUGCCCAAGACUCUGGAGCAGAGAAGGCUGUGAGGAGUGCCAUCGGAGAGAGCGGGAAGGGGAUGGAGAAGCAGGAGGAAGAACUUCCGGUACUAGAGGCGCAAGACCAUCAGAGAAGGGGCCCUGAUGGCACUGGGAGGGCACAGUCUGCAUUUAGGCCCCUGGGGGUCCACGGAGGUGAAUCUUCCUUCCUUCCCAGGCCUGGGCCUCUGAAGAGAAGCCUCCAUUCCGAGAGCUCAGAAGACAAUUCCAUCAAGACAUCCCAGAACCUCUUUCUGAGCUCAUGCACCAAACGAAAUGCCAUCACAAGCUCAUACAGCUCCACCCAAGGAUUCCCGCCACAGAAGAGGAGGAGAGGUCCUGCCACAUCUCAGUCCCAGCUGCCCUGCAGGUCCACAGAGGGAGUGAGCCAGAAGACCCGGGAACCUCGAACUUCAGAUCUAGCGAGAAAGAUCCAGACUGAAGAGGUUUCAGGUGUAAACUCAGGGCAGAAACACAACUUGAGUGACUGCUCUCCCACAUAUGACAGCUCGAGGCCCCGGAAACGCAGGAUUCCUCUGCUACGACCUAGGCGAGGGGAACCUCUGGUGUUGCCACCAUUCCCCCAGCCAGGUUAUCGAGUCACAGCUGAUGACAUGGACCAGGAGAAGAGGGCAGCGCUCCAGCGCAUCAACAUCGCUUUGAGGGAUGAGAUGGAAGCCAAAUCUGGCUGCAGCGCCCCUCAGCGUUCAGGUGCUUCCGCUUUGCCUCCUCCAGCAGCUGCCCUACCACCUCCCAGCCUAAGUCAUCAACAGGAGACAUGGAGGAGGAAGCAGGACUCUCUGGGCACAGUGGCUGUCCUGGAACCUGCUGGAGUGGCCACCCCUAGCCAUCCCAUGUGUGGGAGGAAGCCCAGCUCAUCAGACCCCCUUUUCUCCUCAUUGCCACCGCUCCUCCCACCCACCUUGUCACACUUGCUGCCCUCAGCCCCUUUCACCUUGCUGGCCCCUGCUCCCACCCCACUAUCAGACACUCACAAAACAGACCUGUCCUCUGGGCCCCCAAUCCCUUCCGUGCCUGCUCCCACCCUACCAGGUCUGGACUCUAAAAUGGGAAGCCCACCUCCUCACCUGCCUGCUCCUGUAGCUGCCCUACCCACUGCUCGCAGCACUGUCAGGAUGGAGUCUCCUACACCUAUGGCUGUAGAUGAUUCUUCUGUUUCCAUCUUGGGGACCCCCUCUCCAACCAGGGGUCACAGUGCCCCUGUCUCCCAAGGCCUGACAGUCACUGGUUUUUCACUCAGCGCUACCUCUUCAGCCAGCACAUCUGCAAGCUUGGUCCCACAGCCUGUUUCUGAGGUUGGGGUCACUCCCAUGGACAUCUCUCUGCCCUCUCAGACUCUCCUCCAGGGGUCUCCCAUGGACACCAGCAGUCCCAUCCCAUCUGCCCAGACUAUGCAGACGCUCCCCAGUGGCAGCACUGCCUCAGCUACGGACACUAACAGGAUCCUAGCAGCUCCAGGGCCAGCCUCAGGCUCGAGCUCCACUCCAGGUCAGCCAGCCUUGAACACCAUCACAGGGUCAGCUUUGGGGGGUUCACGUCCCACUACUUCCACCUUGGGCACCCAUGUCACCACACAGCUGGCCUCAGGUGUCCCCCCAGCACUUUUCACCUCUGGUGCCACCACUACCUCUGGCGCCACCACCUCCAUGCCCGGCACUGUUACCAAUGGUAGGCCCAAAGGCAGGCAGCACCGCUCACCUGGUGCCAGCACAACCCCAGGUCGCUCCAAGUUGAAAUUUUCAGCUACACCCACGGGCUUUGGAAGCAGAGACACUGGCUCAGAUCUCAGCUCCAAAUUUGCUGCACUCAGCUUUGGAGCAGGAACGAGCGAAGCCACUAGCACGCCACACCACAAUAAGAGAAGCGUGGUCCUGAACACCAGGGGCUUCGCUAGCCAGAGAACCCCUUCAAUGAAGAUAGGACCCAGCAAGACUAAGAAAAAUCCUUACCCGGGCUUCUGGCAAGCCCAAGGCAAAGAAGAGCCUUGUCUAUAUGGCUCCCUCAUCACCUGCCCAAAGCUUUGCAGGACACAGAAAUUCCAGGCCGUCCACCAGUUCAUUUUCUUCUGGGUCAGGAUCCAGGAAGCUGGGGUCUAA